AUGGCAUGUAUACACUCUUCCUGCUUACGGGAGUGGUCCCUCGGAAUGCCCCCGAAAUACCCUCCGAAGGCCGCAACUAUCCCAAUAUUUCUACGGUCCAGAUUGGAACACAAUAAGCUGACUACGUUGGGUGUGCGCGGUCUUCUGACCACUUCCGACUACAUCAACGUCAUACAGUAUUAUUUUCAAAAUCCCGCGGCACUGGACCAGAUUGACCAAUUCCGACUGGACAGUCUUCGAGAGGUGGAAAAGGCUCUUGGUGUUGCUCCGCCAGAAACUAUUUCGAUCGACCCAGAACGGCCGCUUUACGAGGCCUGUCGGCGCAUGCUCGAAUCCCGCGCUCGCAGAAUCCCUCUCGUUACAAAUGAUAGCCAAACGGACCGGCCUCAUGUUCUCAGCGUGGUGACUCAGUAUCGAAUACUCAAGUUCGUGGCUGUCAAUGUCGGUGACACACAAAAGUUAAAGAAGCCGCUUGGGGAAAUUCUGUUGGGCACCUAUGAUAACAUCGCCACGGCGUCAAUGGAUACACCAGUAAUCGAUGUCAUCCACAUACUCGUGGAGCGGAGUAUAUCUAGCGUGCCCAUUCUGAACUCGGAAGGUGUUGUCUACAAUGUCUUUGAAGCAGUAGAUGUUAUCACACUGAUCAAAGGAGGCGUAUAUGACGACCUCAGUCUCACGGUCGGCGAAGCUUUGAAGAAACGAAAUGCGGAAUUUCCCGGUAUUUACACCUGUUCUCUGAACGACGGUCUGGACACCAUUUUCGAUACAAUUCGCAAAUCUCGCGUGCACCGCCUGGUCGUGGUGGAUGGAGACUUCCGACUCAAGGGUGUUCUCACUCUGAGUGAUAUCUUACAAUAUAUUCUCCUUGAGGGCGAAAAUGACGAAUCAUCAUGA